AUGACCGGAAAAUUAUCCUUUAAAGACAGGGUUGUUGUAAUUACGGGCGCCGGGGGCGGCCUGGGUAAAGUUUAUGCGAUGGCUUAUGCAAGUAGCGGUGCAAAAGUGGUUGUUAAUGAUCUAGGUGGCACCUUGGGUGGUUCAGGACACAACUCGCGAGCUGCCGAUUUAGUGGUGGACGAAAUCAAGAAAGCCGGGGGUGUAGCUGUGGCAAAUUACGAUUCUGUCAAUGAAAGUGGAGAAAAAAUUAUCGAAACAGCCAUAGAAGAAUUUGGUAGGGUUGAUAUCCUAGUCAAUAAUGCUGGAAUACUAAGAGAUGUGUCAUUUGCGAAGAUGACGGAAAACGAAUUUGCUUCUGUGGUGGAGGUUCAUCUGACUGGUGGUUAUAAGCUAUCACGGGCGGCUUGGCCUCAUAUGCGCUCUCAGAACUUUGGCAGAAUUAUUAACACCGCUUCCCCAGCUGGAUUAUUUGGAAAUUUUGGACAAGCUAAUUAUUCAGCUGCUAAAAUGGGGUUAGUUGGUUUGGCGGAAACUCUCGCGAAAGAGGGUGCCAAAUACAACAUUAAUGUUAAUUCAAUUGCACCAUUGGCCAGAUCAAGAAUGACGGAGAAUGUCUUACCACCACAUAUCUUAAAGGAACUGGGGCCAGAGAAAAUUGUUCCAUUAGUACUUUACUUAACCCAUGAAAGUACGAAAGUAUCGAACUCCAUCUUUGAGCUUGCUGCUGGGUUCUUUGGGCAGCUUAGAUGGGAAAGGUCUUCCGGGCAAAUCUUUAAUCCUGAUCCCAAAACAUAUACACCAGAAGCUAUUCUAAAUAAAUGGAAGGAAAUCACUGAUUUUAACGAUAAGUCGUUCAACAAGACUCAGCAUCCAUACCAACUUUCAGAUUAUAAUGACUUGAUCACAAAAGCUAAAAAAUUACCCUCAAACGAUCAGGGACCCAUUAAAAUCAAUUCGAUUCGCGAUAAGGUUGUAAUAAUCACAGGUGCAGGAGGUGGUCUUGGAAGAUCACAUGCCCUCUGGUUUGCACGCUACGGUGCAAAAGUGGUUGUGAAUGACAUCAAGAACCCUUUUUCGGUGGUUGAAGAAAUCAAUAAAAUGUAUGGUGAAGGCACAGCUGUUCCAGACUCUCAUGAUGUAGUCACUGAAGCCCCACACAUCAUUGAAACUGCCAUAAACAAAUUUCAAAAAGUGAACAUUCUGGUCAAUAACGCCGGUAUUUUGCGUGACAGAUCCUUUGUGAAAAUGAAAGAUGAAGAAUGGUUCGCUGUUCUGAAAGUUCAUCUUUUUUCCACAUUUGCGUUGUCAAAGGCAGUAUGGCCAAUAUUCACGAAGCAGAAGUCAGGAUUUGUCAUUAACACCACUUCUACCUCAGGAAUUUAUGGUAAUUUUGGACAGGCCAACUAUGCUGCUGCAAAAGCUGCAAUUUUAGGUUUUAGCAAGACUAUUGCACUGGAAGGUGCCAAAAGAGGAAUUAUUGUUAAUGUCAUUGCUCCCCAUGCCGAAACCGCUAUGACUAAGACUAUAUUCUCUGAAAAGGAAUUGUCGAACCACUUCGAUGCGUCUCAGGUCUCUCCGUUUGUUGUUUUGUUGGCAUCUGAGGAACUACAAAAGAAUUCUGGAGGAAAGGUUAAUGGUCAAUUGUUUGAAGUUGGUGGUGGUUGGUGUGGACAAACCAGAUGGCAAAGAAGCUCUGGUUAUGUUUCUAUAAAAGAGAUUAUUGAACCCGAAGAAAUUAGGGAAAACUGGAGUCAUAUAACCGAUUUCAGUGGUAACACCACCAAUCCAAGCUCCACAGAGGAGUCUUCAAUGGCUAUUUUACAAGCAGUACAAAAAGCACACUCCUCAAAGGAAUCAAACGACGGAGUUUUUAAGUAUACUACCAGGGAUUGUAUCUUAUACAAUUUGGGACUUGGCUGUACAAGCAAAGAGUUAAAAUACACUUACGAAAAUGAUUCAGAUUUCCAGGUUUUGCCUUCUUUUGCCGUCAUUCCAUUUAUGCAAGCAACUGCUACACUAUCUAUGGAUAAUUUGGUUGACAACUUUAAUUAUGCAAUGUUAUUGCAUGGGGAGCAAUAUUUUAAACUCUUCACGCCAAAGUUGCCAAGCAGCGGAACAUUGAAAACGGUUGCUAAACCUUUGCAAGUUCUUGACAAGAAUGGUAAAGCAGCUUUAGUUGUUGGUGGUUUCGAAACCUAUGACGUUAAAAACAAGAAACUGCUGGCCUAUAAUGAGGGUUCAUUCUUUAUCAGAGGUGCACGUGUGCCCUUAAAAAAGCAAAUAACAAGUGGAAACAGGGCAAAAUUCGCUACUCAACGAUUUGAUGCACCACGCGGAAAGGUGCCCGACUUUGAGAUGGAGAUUUCUACUAAUAAAGAUCAAGCCGCAUUAUACAGGUUAUCUGGCGAUUUGAAUCCCUUACAUAUCGAUCCCACAUUAGCCAAAGCAGUAAAUUUCCCUUCACCAAUCCUCCAUGGCCUUUGCACAUUAGGUGUUAGUGCGAAGGCAUUAUUUGAGCAUUAUGGCCCAUAUGAGGAGUUGAAAGUAAGAUUUACCAACGUUGUUUUCCCAGGUGAUACUUUAAAAGUUAAGGCGUGGAAACAAGGUGCAGUUGUCAUUUUCCAGACUAUUGAUAUGACGAGAAACAUCGUUGUCUUGGAUAAUGCUGCCGUCAAACUAUCACAAGCCAAGUCUAAACUAUGA